AGUUACGCGACAAAUCCCAGCGUUCGGUGAAGGGUUUUGUGGGUCAUGGAGGAGGAAGGUAAAUAAAGGAGACGCGCUAACAACGCACAGCGGCUGGUUCACGGACGGUUACCGGGAGAUUUGACACAGCAGCGACUUUCUUUAUUUGUUUUUGCUGUGGUGCUGUGGUUGGAGAGGACGCACCGGAGAGGAGGGACUGUCAGCGGUCGGCGUUCUCAGGUGGCCUGAUUGGGUUUGCCUCGUCCUUGUGUUGCCAUGGCGAUGCGGGAGUUGGUGGAGGCAGAAUGUGGGGGAGCCAAUCCCCUCAUGAAGUUGACCAGUCACAUGACCAAGGAAGGGGGGGCAUGGCGGCACCGCUCAACACCUGCAAUUCCCCCCUCUCCCAUUGAAAUUGCAACGGAAGAAGAGCUGGUGAAUGAGUUCCUUCAGGCGCCCCCCCGACCCCCACACACGUUUGACAUGGGUCAGCUGUUGGAGGAAAUGCAGCAAAUUGACCAGCAGAGCUACAGACAAGCUCCACAGAGAGCUCCAGAUGUGGCAGCGUUGGCCCUCUCUGGUGAUUGGACAGCUGAGUUCCUCUCCGGUCCUGACUCCGCCUCGGCACCGGGGAUCGUCGCUCUUGGUGAUGCAGCAGAUGCUGAUUGGACGAAAGAAUUUAUUGCUGAUGCUGCAGAUCCUGGACGCUGGGCAGAGGAGUAUCUGGAACAGUCAGAGGAGAAGUUGUGGCUGGGAGACCUGGGAGACCAGGAGAAGGAAUGGGCCAAGGAGUAUCAACCAGGGGAGGAGCUGAAGCAGACAGCCAAUGAGCUCGUCUCAAAAGUUGAUGACCCUAAGUUACAAAACACUGAGUUCCUGCGGUUCAUUAGGCAGAUUGGCGAGGGCAGUGUGACAGUGGAGAGCAAGACAGACAAACAGCUCAAAGAUAAAGCUCAGGCCGAGGAGGCUCAGAACUGGGCCUCCAACCUCAACCAGGUAUCAGUGGACUCAGCUGAAGCCUGGGUGGAUGAGUUUGCCACAUCAGGACCUGAUUUCCAACAAGCUAAAGCUGCAGUGGAGAGUGAUGUGGAUUUCUGGGAGAAGCUGCAGCAGGAGUGGGAGGAGAUGGCUAAGAGGGAUGCAGAGAGCCACCCCUGGCUGUCCGACUUCGAUCAGCUCCUCAGCACUUCCUAUGACAAGGGGUAUCAGUUUGAAGAAGACAACCCCUAUUUAUCAAACCCUGAUCCUUUGUCAGAGGGAAUGAAGAGGAUGGAGGCGGGGGACAUCCCUGGUGCUGUACGCUUCUUUGAAAGUGCUGUGCAGAAAGAACCAGAUAACCAGCUGGCUUGGCAAUAUCUGGGAACCUGUCAGGCAGAGAACGAGCAGGAAUUUGCCGCCAUCAGCGCCCUCCGCAGAUGUAUAGAGCUGCAGAACGACAACCUGACUGCUCUGAUGGCGCUGGCUGUCAGUUUCACCAACGAAUCUCUGCACAGGCAGGCCUGUGAGACUCUCCGUGAUUGGCUGAAGCACAACCCAAAAUACCGUUCUGUGUGGGAGCAGAAUGAGGGUGAACACCAGCAGGAAGCAGCCAGUGAAAGGGAGAAGGAGAGGGAGAGGUUCGGCUCACUGCUGCCAGAAUCUUUGUUUACUGAUGUUCAGUCCCUGUUCCUGCAAGCGGCCAACUCCGACCCCGCCCAGGUGGACCCCCAGCUGCAGUGUGGUCUGGGAGUUCUCUUCAACCUCAGCGGGGAAUACGACAAGGCGGUAGACUGUUUCAGCGCUGCUCUGUCAGUCACACCACAGGACUACCUGCUGUGGAAUAAGUUGGGGGCCACUCUCGCCAAUGGGAGCCGCUCAGAGGAGGCUGUGGCCGCCUACAGGAGAGCUCUGGAGCUGCAGCCCGGUUUCGUACGCAGUCGCUACAACUUGGGAAUCAGCUGUGUCAAUUUAGGGGCACACAGAGAGGCAGUGGAGCACUUCCUUGAGGCUCUAUCUCUACAGCGCCAGGCCUCCGUGGACGGAGCGAGAGCUGCGAGGGGACCUGGAGGUGCCGCAGCCACCAUGAUGUCUGACAACAUCUGGUCCACCUUGCGUAUGGCUCUCAGCAUGAUGGGAGAGAGCCCUCUGUACGCUGCAGCAGACCGCCGGGACUUGGACACGUUGCUGGCUCACUUCUACCAGAGAGAGGCGGACGGCGGGACAGAAUGAGGACCAGCCGGGGGGGGGGGCUUAUCGAGUGUGAAUGUGUUUUGCUGGGAGGUAAAUGUCUGGGUGAGUGAAUGAAACCAAGAGGAAUCAGAGCGGUAACAAGUAACAGAGAAAACGGACGAGGAAGACACUGUGAAUUAUCCACCAUCCUAGAGACGUCAUCUUAUGGUCAUGUGCGCUUGAAGGACUUCUAUCCAACAUUUCAGUAUUAGUCUCCACCUGGAAGACGUAGACAGCAGCAAUACAGUCACGUCACUGUAUUUUACAUGUCUGACCGUCUUCACAUUUCAUCCCACUCUGUUGAUCUGGAGAACUGGGCUCAAUGUCACUUUUGUUGUCGAUAUGAAAUUUGUACUCAAUGAAGAAAGUAAAAGAUUAAGAAUGCUGAUGAAUGCAAUGUGGACAGUUUUAUCUUUACACUCAACGCACUCACAGUUUUUCUUAACAGCAGGUUGUAGGUUGAACUGUAUACUCACUACGGUUAUGUAGAUUAAAGGUACAAUAUUUAAAAGAGUACUGCUUUUUAUCAAAAGUGCUCCCAAGAGAAGGGUUAGGCCGGAAAGAGUACAAACACUAAAGUGCAACAGCAGCUUGUUUUUCUUUUCCUUUUUUAUAUACUUAUUUAAUUUUUUAGUAAUCAAUUAUCAACCAGGAUAAUGAACUGACAACCAGCUGGACUGUUACUGUAAUGGUAAGGUGUGUGUGUAACGUUUGUGUGUGUGAUUUGGAUCGGGUGGGGGAUUUAAUCGUGCAUCGUGCUGAUGAUAAGAUCAUAUAAUUGUACUAUCAUUGAGAAUGAUUUCUCUGGGCUCCUCCCUUCUUUUGCUCUUUUUCAUAUUGCUCUUGUAAAACAAUUUUGCUUCGUUGUAAAAUAAUGCUAUAUGCCAUACUGUGUAUUGUAACAUAAUUGUUGCACUAUGAUUGUGUUCAGGCUAGUUGUAUCCUGAGUGCAAUGUUUAAUAUAAUAUUCAGCAAUAAAGCUUUGAU